AUGUCAGCAGAUAACCAUAAUAAAUUUGCAAUUCAUGAAGCUAUAAAAGAAAAUAAUACUCAAUUAGCAAAGUCAUUGAUAGAUGCUAAUCCAUCGCAAUUAUAUGUCAAAGAUGAAGAUGAUAGAAUUCCAUUACAUUGGGCAUGUACAAUUAAUAAUGAAGCAUUAGUCAACCAUAUCCUCGAAAAAGAUCCAAAGAAAAAUGUUGAUUUAGAUGAGUUUGUUGAUCUUAGUGGUUGGACACCCCUACAUAUAACAAGCUCAAUUGGGAAUUUAAACAUAUUCAAUGCAAUUUAUCAUCAUUAUUCAGACUUGGAUUUAAAUAUAAAGACAAAUACAGGGACAACAUAUUUGGAUCUAGCAAUAUCUAAAAAAUACAUAGAGCUUGUCAAAGAAUUAAUUGAAUUAAAGGUAAAUUGUCGAAAUAAAGAUAAAAGAGGAGUUACUCCAAUCAUUAGAGCUGCUUCAAUUGGAUCUAAAAGUGUAAUUCAAUUAUUAGUUGACAAGGGAAAGAUCAAUAUUAAUGCUAAAGAUAAUGAUGGAUGGACAUGUUUACAUCAUGCUUUAUCUGAAGGAUUUGGUGAUAUUGCUAUUUAUUUAGUUAAAUUAGGUGCUGAUCCAACUAUAAAGAAUACCUCUGGUGAAUUACCUAUUGCUGUUGCUGUUGAUGAUAAAGUGAAGCAAUUCUUUGUUUCAAAUUUAAAAAAGGAUGAAGAAGGAAGCUAG